UGAUCAAACUCUGAUAAUGUUUUAAAAAAUAAAAAUCAUGAAACAAAAUUUGUUCAAAGACGACGAUAAUAAUCAUAAUAUAGAGGUUUUAAAUUCGGAUUUAAAAAGUAAUCCAAAAUGUUGCCACGGUCCUACUUUGCUGUUUUCGAGACGAACCAAAGACAGUACAAGAAAGUUUUAUGCAUGUUCAGCUUGCCGUGAUAGAAAACUAUGUAAUUUUUUCUUGUGGGCCGAUGAGAGUGAACAGGCAUUUAAGAGGAAGUCAGAAUUAUGGAAUAAGGAACUGUUAAACUAUGUUAAAGGAAUUGAUCACAGAAAAUUGUUUGUUACAUUAAACAAGAUUAAAGCUUUACAGCCUGAAAAACGUAUUUUCUGUCAGACAUGUUCGAUAUUUUUAUUAAAAAACGUUGAAAAACAUCAAGACCACCUGUUACUGAAAAUUAUCAGUAAUUACCAAUUAGAUCAUCCAUCAGAAAUUCUUCAACCACUUGAUAACCCCAAAAAAGAAGCACAAUACCUGUUUUCAAACAAAUCGACUGAAUGUAUAAUCAAUAUUUUUCGUAAUUUAAAAUACAAAUUUGUAAUAUGCAUAGGAACACCAAGAAUUCACGAAUAUAUACAAGCUAACUGUGAAGACAUGGAUAGCAUAUUGCUAGAUAUUGAUAAACGCUAUCAUACAUUUUUUGGGCCUUUAGAAUUCUGUUGGUACAAUUCAUUUAAUAAUUAUUUCUUUUUUAAGGAGGGACAACAGGUUUUUAAUGAUUUUGUGAGAAAUACUAAUGGUGAUAAUACAGUUUUGGUAACAGAUCCUCCAUUUGGUGGUAGAAUUGAACCUUUAGCUGAAACAUUUAAGAGUAUUAAACAACAAUAUAGACAAGUAAACAAUGAAGGAAGAAAUUUGCCAAUAUUUUGGAUUUUUCCUUAUUUUAUGGAACCCCAACUUCAGAAUUUUUUACCAGAUUUAAAGAUGCUUGAUUAUAAGGUUGAGUACGAUAAUCACCCGCUAUUUCAAAAUGGCCCUAAAGGCAGAAAACAGGGUUCACCUGUUAGAAUAUUUACAAAUGUUGAGGCAAAAUUAAUAAAAUUACCUGAAGAUUCUUACAAAUAUUGUAAGUUUUGUAAAAAGUGGGUUUCUAACGAAAAUAGUCACUGUAAAUUAUGUAAUGAUUGUACAUCUAAAAAUGGUGAACCUUACAAGCAUUGUACUCAAUGUGAAAAGUGUGUUAAACCUAAUUGGAAGCAUUGUAAUGCUUGUAGUAGAUGUACUCAAAUUAAUCAUGUUUGUCAAGAAUUAAGUUUUCUAGGAUCUUGUUUUCAGUGUAAACAAGCUGGCCAUAAGAAAAGCAACUGCCCCCAAGUUGAAAAGCAACAUACACAGAAGAGAGCUGGUAAAAGAAAAAAAGGGUCUAAGAAAAAACGGAAAAUAGAGUAAAUUAUUGCAUAAAAAUAUUUAUAUUUAAUAAACAAUAAAAUUCUAUAAUUCA